CAUUAAUAAAAUUUGUUUUGUUUACAAUUUUGUAAAAUAAAAUAACAUUGUUUUAAUAAAUUACAAAAAAAAAAUUAGCAACAAUAAUAAGUACAUUAUAUAUUAAGUAUUUCUUAUUAUAUAGUGUUUAUUUAUUCAAAAUUUUAAUUUUUUCAACUUCAAUAAUAUUUGUGUGAAUAAAUGCAAUAAAUCUUUUUUUAUAAAUUUCAUAAUAUAUUGUCCCUUCCUAAGUAGUCAAACUGGCGUCUUUUGAUGAAAAUAAUGAAUUUGAAGGAAAGAAACGAAAAAAACACAAAAAAGAUAAAUAUGAAGGUAAUUUGAAUUAUUGAUUGUCAAUAUUAUAUAUUGAAAUCGUGUUAGUUUAUCAUGAACAUACAUUUUAUAUAUUUUAUAUUUUUGUUAGAAUUUUUUCCCAAAUAGAGACUAUUGCAUUGUAUUGUGUCUGUUAUGUAUAUAUAAAUAUUUUCCCCAUUAUUUUUGGCUACUUAUAGUAGCUUCUGAACCAAAAAAGCGUGUAUCUGAGACUUUAAUUUUGAUUAAAAAGAUUUGAAUAUAUGAACUUUUUUAUGCUGUUAGAGGAAAUUGAUUCUUUUUUAGUUUUAUACAUACUUACAGACUUUCCAAAUGAAGCUAACAGAUUGAAAUUUUGUAUAUUUAUCAAGCAUGUGCCUUUAGAAAGUUUGAACUCACUCCACCCGCCUGUAUGUUAGCAUAAAUCUCAAAAACUACUUUUUCUAAAUUGAUAUAAUUUUGUUUUGUUCCAUUUUUUAUCAUCUGAAAGUUUUAGAAUAUAUUUUUUUAUUUAAAAAGGGUAGUGGGUGUAAUAAAGGUAUUAAAGGUAAUACAAAUUCAGAUACAAAUUUAAAUAAAUUUUUUAAAAAUUUAUAGAAUAUUGUAAAGACAACAAGUUGGUUGUGAAAAAUUUGACUCAUUAUGGUUAUUGGUGCUUUUUUUAUUUGUCUUAUAUUAUAUUAAUUAUAUAUAUAGAUAUACUAAUCAUUUAUUGUUUGGCUUUCUAAUAUUAUUAAGGUCAUAAUUCAGUAAAUUAUUAUAAAUAUUGUAUGUUUUAGAUAAAGAGAAGUCAGGAAGUUUAAAAUUAAUACUAAAAGUUGGUAGUGGAAGUUGUUUGCCUGCUGAUGAAAUAGUCAGUAAUGGUAAUCAUGAAGUUAGUGAUUAUUUAUCCAAAUCACACAAAAAGAAAAAGAAAAAACACAAACAUCACAGAGAAAAAAAAAAGAGAAUACGAGACGAUAUUGCCGUUCAUGAAGAUAUGAGUUUAGGAGAGGAAACUUUAACAGAAGCUCCAAUGUCAAAGCGCUCAGUAGGUUUUGAAAAUUCUAGUAAAGCUAUAACAAAUCUUAUUGAACCGCCCAAUAGUAAGUUAAAAGUGUCUUCUUAACAUAUUCAUUUUCUUACACAAAAUGCAUUUACCUAUAUAUUUAAUAAUUUAGGUGAAUGGGGAUCUGAUGAAACAAUUAUUCCAAAUGAAAAUCGACAAACUUUGCAACAAUUACUAACGCAUUUACUUAGAGCAUUAGAACGUCGAGAUCCUCAACAAUUAUUUGCAUGGCCAGUUACUGAUCGCAUUGCUCCUAAUUAUUCUCGUCUUAUUUCCAAACCAAUGGACUUUGAAACAAUUCGACGGCAUAUUCAAAGUAACCAAUAUAGUAGCUUAAAUGAAUUUGUUGUAAGUAUAUAGUUAAUUUAAAUUAUUUAACUUAAAUUUAAAGAAAUUAAAAAAUAAAAUUGUAAUACUUUACUCAUAUAAAGAUAAACUUAAUUUACAUUUUAUAUUAGUAUUUAUAUUAAAUUUUAAAAUAAUUAAAUAGUGACAUACUCCAUUCAACAAGAGCAGACUUCUAUAUGUGUCAAAUGAUUGUUUAAUUCUUACAUCAUAUUUUUUAAUUUUUAUAGCAUAGAUGUUAAUUUCAUCUUCAUUAUAGUUAGUUAAUUAAACACUUUUUAAAUAAAUAAUGAUAGCUAUAAUUGAGGGAUAAUUCUGAAUUCUCUGAGUAUAAAUUUUAGGAUGAAUUUUAUAUGACACCAAUAUUUUUCUUUUGUUGGGUGUAGUAAAAAUAUUAUAAAUUGAUGUAUUAAUUUAAAUUUUGUAUAAAUGUCAUUUAGUUUUAAAUAAGAUCAGUAAAUAAAAAUUUCUGCGGCUAACAAUACAUAUUAAACAUUUCAUCUUAUUUGGGGGAUUCUGUAGUUUAUCGCAAAGCUUAAAAACUCCCUUCUACUGAAAUUUAUAUUGAAAUUCAAUUCAAUUUUUAUCACUUUAAUCUGCUUGGAAAAAAACUUUGUUUUCCACACUACCUAUACCCAAGUACUUACCUGUAAGAAUGAAAGCUAGCUUAUUUGGUACAAUAGGAAUAUAGAGUUAGAAGUGUUCUUAUGUAGCAGAAAAAAGAUAAAUGUCUAAAAGACAUAAUGUGGUACAAUAGUCUUUUUUUUUUUCUUGAAAAUUUGACAAAUAUAUUUUUGUUGAGAUGUUCCCCUCCAUAAUCUUUUUAAUAUUUAUGAUUAUAUGUAUUUUAUUACCUAUGUAUUUUAGUUACAUCUAAAAAAUCAAAUAGUCCAGUUACACUCUGUAUAUAUAUAAAAAAAAUAAAAAUAUAAUGUAAAAUACUUGAAAAAAUAUCAGCCCCCCCUUCAUAAUAAAUUAAUUAAACUUUCCACUUUUAAAUAUAUAAUUUAUAUAUAUAUAUAUGUUGAGGAAAUUUUAGGUGCUUAAGACAAAAGGAUACAAUGAAUAACUAAAAAAAUAAUCUGACAAUCAAAAACAAAACUUUUAUAAAUGAUAAGUAUAACGCUAAUAUAUUAUAAUUUGUAUUUAUAGGCUGAUUUUAAAUUGAUGUGUGAAAAUGCAAUGACAUAUAAUCAACCAGAAACUAUUUAUUACAAAGCAGCUAAACGCCUUCUUCAUGCUGGUUUAAAGUUGACUGGUCCUGAAAAAUUAAAAACUUUAUUAUCUGCAUUGCCUGGAAUGGCUAAUAUUCCUCCAUCUCAACUAGGUUUUGACAUUAAUCAAGAUUAUCAAGGAGAUAAUUCAAAUGAUACAAUUAUUGAAAAUAAUGAACGAUUGCUUGAUAAUGAUCUAUCAAAUCCACGAAAAACUAUGUAAAUAUUUCCUUAUUUCUUCAUCAUUAUUGAUAUUUUUUAAUAACAUUUUUUUUAGAUCAAAAUUUGAGGCAAUACCUGAUAAUAUGACUCCUGAGGAAAUUCUUAAACAGGUUCAAAAUGCUGCUAAAAUUGCUUCAGAAAAAUUGGUUACAAAAAAUACCAAGGUAUUUAUUUGACAUUUAUAUUAAUAAUUUGUUUUGCUCAUACAGUAAAAAAUAUUUAAGAACUUGCUAGGUUAGUAAAUAAUAUCAGGUAUCAAGAAUAAAAUUAUUGUAAAUUGUUUCUAUUGUAAUUUUAUGAUUUAAAUAAGAAAUAUAAUUUUAAUUGAUUAUUUUUAUUAUAAAAAUAACUGAUUUAACUUUUUUUGUAUACAUAAAAAUAACUAAAUUAGAAUAAACCGUUUUAUUUACAGUAUCACAUUUGUUUGUUUUGGUUAAUUACUGUAUUAUUUUACAAUUAUACAUAAUAUGAAAGAAAUAGAUGUUUUCUUAUAAUUACACAUGUAUUAUAUAUUUAUUUAUUAAUAUGGUUUUAAAUAUUUAUAAGGUGGGAUUUUUAAAACAACAAAACAAUGGAUCCACGUCUCUAUCAAUUUUGGUACCAAAUGAUGGAAUCAACCCAGAAACAGGGGAAAGGCCAGUUCUCUUGGGAUCAUUAAUUGGAAAACUGAGCCACGGAGUUGGAUCAAUUCCAGGUUUUCGUGAAGAUAGACGUAACAUGGUUAAAACUGGUACAUAUUCACUAUAAAGUUUUAAAUAUUUUAUCUUCUGUAUAAAUAUAUCUGUAUAUCUUAUAUCCUAUUUGGUUUUUAACAUUUAUAUAUAUAUAUUUUUUUUUUUUAGUAAAACCCCUUUAUUAUGGUGCAUUUGGUUCUUAUGCCCCAACAUAUGAUUCUACCUUUGCAAACUUAACAAAGGAUGAGUCAGAUUUAGUAUUAAGAACUUAUGGUGAUGAAACAUCUGCACAAUAUGCAGAAAGGUAAAUAUGUUUGUUUAGUUUUAGAUUCUAAGUGUAUUGGUAUUACUAUAAUGUAUGCUUAUUUUUUUCUGUUUGUACAACCAGAAAUUCUUAUUAUAUCAGAAAUCUUGCUCCAAUUGAAAAAUAACAAGAAAUAUUUUUUGUUGAAUUGUAGAUAUUGUUUGUGCUUUGGGGAAGGCAAUUUUUGACUUUUUGAGUUGUUUUGUUAUUAAUUGGAAUAAACCUGACAAAUUUAGCGGCAUUCAAUGGUUUCAUUAUUUUUGAUUUUUUUUUAAAUUCAGUUUUAAAUAAUCAUAGAGACUUGUAAUUUGCACAGAAUAUUUAUAUUGGCCUUUUAGAGAUGUGGUAAUAUGUUCAAAACCUUCUGGACAUUUUUGAGCUAUUUAUAGGCAUGUGAUGUUUUUUACUUUUUUAUUUUAUUUAGUUUAUUGUGUAAACAAUUUUUUAGUCAAACAGAAAUUAUUGAUACUUUAUGAGGUUUAUUAUAAGUAGGACUCAAAUUUGUAUGCAAAUACAUAAUUUUAUUGAAUGCAGAUUUUUAUCAGAUUCUCUAACAGAAAACUUGCCCUAAAGUAUAGACUUCAGCACUUUUUUUGAAAGGUAAUUUUCUCUAGUUGAUGCAUUUGGGUGGUCAUUUUUUGAUUUUCCAAUGGGUUUUCAAAAUAAUCGGAAAAAACCUGAAAAUUAUAGGUAAAACGCGAAUAUUUACAGUGUGUUCGCGUGGUUACCGUGUUCAUUGUUUUUAUUAUAUUAACUAGAUGUUUUCUACUUCCUCUAAUCCAAAAAUGUCCAGAGAUCGAAGUUGUUUUUUUUUAAUAUUUCACUACUGACAGAGUAAAAAUAAACUAUAAAUUCAAUUAAGUACAAGCUUAAAAUGUUAGUUUACAAAACAUAAAAGUUAUUAGAAAUGUUUUUCUGAAUAAAAGUGAAAACUUAUCAAUGGAAAUUAAAUUCAUACCAUCUAAUACAUUAAAUGUGAAAUUGGUUCCAUUAUCCUCGUUCAGUGUUGAAUGCUCUUUCAGCCAUUAGAAAUCAAUUUUGAAACCUAACUGUCAUACAUUUAAAUUUAAAAAAUCCAAAUGUAUGUUGUUUCCAAGAUGACAACAACAAAGAUGAAUAAAUAAAAUAAAAAACAAUGCAUAUAAUAAACUUAUAUCUACAGUAUUUUGUUUACACAAUUUUGACUUUUUUAUUGCAUGAAAAUUAACGCUCUAAUUUAUCAUAAGUUUUGUAGUAAAAAAAAAAUUGUGCAUAAUGUUGUAGUUUUUUUCAAGCUUUUUAAAAUCAAACUUUUAAGAAUAAACAUUUCAGUAUUUAAAAAUAUGUAUAACCAAAUUUUGCUCAAAAUCAUUUUUUAUAAUAAUGUUUUAUCAUUGUGUACCCACAUACAUUAAAUAACUAUGUAUCUCUUACCUUCUUAUUCUUAGUUUUUUAACAGGCCAUUUGCUGCAAAAAAAACCUGUUGGUUUUAAUGGUUUUUCUUCUUUGCCUGUUCUUCCCCAUUCUCUAUUCCAAGCUCUUUCAAGUCAUUUACCACUCUAUUCUUUCAUCUUUGUCUGGGACAUCUUAUUGGCCUUUUUGUACUUGGCUUUAAGUUUGUAACCUGUUCAUUUAUCUCUGUUAAUUUCAACAUAUGUCUAACCCAGCUCAAUCUACUACUUUUUAGGACACCAUUGAUAUUUGCUACUCCGUACAGGUCUUGAAUGUUCUGGUUUGCCCUUAUCUUAAAUUCUCCUAUAUUGUUAAUUUUUUGUCCAUACACUUUUCAUAAUACCUUCCAUUCAAAAGUUGCCAGUUUAAGUUCAUAUGACUUUGUUGUGGCUUACGCAUUACACGCAUAAAAGAGAACUGAUCUUACUAGAACUUUGUAAAAGAGCUAUUUUUGUCUUCCAUAAUACAAUACUUGAUUUAAAAAGAGAUACCAAUCCGAAAUAACAUCCUGUUGGCAAUUAAUCUUAGUUUUAAUCAUGGCUAUUUUCGUUCUUGUUUAUGUUCACUCCUAGGUAUUUUAAAUUAUCAACUCUUUCAACUUUAUAUGUCACCAAUAUCCAGGUGAGCUACUCUUUAGUUGUUCCCAGUUAUGACUAUGUAUUUAGUAUUUUCCUUGUUUAUGGUUAAUGCAAUUUUUUAGCAAUUUUCUUAUAGUAUCCUUUAGACUCACUUUAUUUUAUGUCAUUACAAAAUACAAAUUAACAAAAUUAUUUCUGUCCAAUUUGUAUGUUCAUUAUUUGAAUAAUACAAUUAUAAUGCUGUCCUACAAAAGCUUGAUGAAACCGAUUAUGAUAACUGAGUACGUCUGACAUAUUUUAAAAAUAAACAAAUUAUUAGAAACUUAAGGAAUUGUUCAAUGACGAUAACAUCCGAAUAUGUAGUAUUUGAAAAUCAAAAUACAUGUUUGUUUUCAUUUGCUAUUUACCUAUUCGUAUCCAUACCUGUGCUUGGUUUAAAAUCAUUUUUUUUUUAAUACAAUUUAGUUUAUUUCCUUUUAUACAUAAAAAUAUUUACAAUAACACUAAAAACCACAAAUAUGCAAAAAUUAGCAAAAUAAAAUUUUGUAUGUAUGUCACAUUAGAAAAGUGUAAAAUAAAUGUGUAUCUUACUCUGAAUGUCCUAAGACUAAUCAAUAAAAAUAUGCAUUUGCUAAAACUUCUGAGCCCUGUUCAUAACAUACAUGGAUAAUACUUGCAUUAUUAUAAGUAGAUCGCUAGUUUUAAAUUUGCAGAUCAUUAUACCACGGUAGAUCACCUGCUACAUGAAUGUUAUCCUACCUUUUUAUUUUUCAUUACCUAUCUAAUGUUCUUGAAAAAAAAAAACUUAAUUUUGUUAAAAUUAGAAGAAAAUAUAAAAUGUUUAAUAUUUUUUGAUGAUACAAAUUUUAUACUUGACUUAUUGUGUAUAAAUAAUAUAUAUUGGUCCAUUAAUAUGCUUUCCAUCCAAGAUCCAAGAUAAUCAAAAUUAUUUUUACAUUAUUUAUUUUCCAGCAUUUUGAAUUUUACAAAAGAUUCAGAUUAUGCUAUGACUAUGGCAGAUAAUUUGUUGGACUUAAUGACAGGUGGUGAUCAUCGUAAAACAAAGCGUACUUUAGAUGAGCGAAAAAAACAACAAAAUAUUUUAGAAGAUAGCAAGAAAACUACAAGUCUAUCACAGCAACCUUCAUCAUGUCAACCCUUAGUAAUUACACAAGCAAAAACGGGCAAUUUAAAUACUAUAACUGCCAAAAAUCAAACUAAAUCUGCACCAUUACAAAUUGAUCAGUUAAAAUCAUUAUCAGAACUUGGAAUUGAUACAAAAUUCAUAGACUAUUACCGUUAGUUGUUAGAAUCUACUAUAUUUAUUUAUUUAUUUAUUUAUUUAUUUUUUAUUUAUAUAGAAGAACAAAGUGUAUUUCAAGACAGAUUAGAUCAAGUUGGUGGUUUGUUAGGUCGUUUACAAAAUGCACAAAAUCAAAGGCUCAGUGCUCCUCUUCCACAGCAUCUUUCACAAAUCCCACAUCCAUCGCCUCAAGAAAUUCAAUUAGGUAUUGAAAAUAUAAAAUAUGCUCUCACUGUACUUAAAGUAAUGGUCAUUUUUACUUAUAGCGGAUAAAAUAACUGAAUCCCUUGCGGAAAAUUUGAAAAGAGUUCCUCCAUCAGCUGUUAUGUCAGUCACAGGUGUACGUAAAGCAAUGGGAAUCGCACAAAUAUCCCAUUUGGAUAUAAGUCAAAAUAGCUGUCAUCAAUCCAAUAUGGUAAAUCAUGGGUCAUCUCAUCAACAAACACAGGUUUAAUACAAUUAUUAAAUUUUUGGCUUAUCAAUUUAAUUUUUAGAAAGUUAAUUAAAUAAAUAACUUUAUAGGUAUCAUUAAUUGGAGAUGGAAUACAAGAUCGUGUAGAAGCUGUUGAAGGUACUGUGUCUGGUGUUGAUUUAGAAUCUGAAUUAAGAGAAUUUCUUGAAAGUGAUCCUACGUUAACUAGUUUUCCAUUACAUGACGAAAAUGAUAGAACAAUUGAAGAAAUAUUAUCUGAAUCGUAAAUUGUAUUAUUUAUUGGAUUUUUUUUUUUCUAAAUAUUUAUAUUUAAUAUUAAAAUUUUUACAAAGAGUAAUAAUAAUAAUUUCAUAUUUAUAUUAAAUAAUUUAGUUAUGUGUGGUUUUUUUAAAUAAAUAUUUGUAUACAUGUACUAAUUAUUUAAUUUGUAUGUAAAUUAAUUUAAUAAUGCCAUAAUUUUAUUUAGAUUUUUACAAUAUAUACCAUAAUAUUGAGUAUUUUGAAGAUAAUCUUAUUUAUUUUCAGUUUUUUUUUUUUUUAUUAUUUUCAUGUUGAUGUUAAAUUAUGUUAAUUUCUAUAAAUGUAUCGUGCUAGUAUGAAAAAUAUUUAAAAUAUGUGUGUGUAUACAUAUGUACAUUUUUUUUUUUGUCAUUGAUACUGUAUUAUUAAUUAUUCCAUUUUGAUAAUACACAUACUACUAAUAAGAUAUAGGCUAAUUUUAUAAUUUUU